AUGACUGAACAAGGAAAUGGUGGACACACGCCUCCCACCUUUACCUUCAUGGACGAAGCAACCGCGGGUACAAGCCGUGAAGGCGGCGAGGGUGCUUUAGGCACUUCCGACCAUUACCCCCCGUAUGUUGACGAGUACAUCAAUGAUGUUUGGGAGGUGAUGAACAGCCAGACCGAUGCCACAGACAUCAAUGGUGUCACUGAAAAUGCAAGCACAAGUUCCCUGCUUCUGGGGUCCAACACCAGCAUCAAUAAUGAAAUGCCAAGCACAAGUCGCCCUGGCAUGGAGCAAGCAACCGCCAUUUUAGAACACGGCGCCACAUUUCCUGAGACUACCAGUGUUGGCCAAUCGAACACGCAGUACCACACAGUUGAUGGCACAUCCAGCGUCUCCGGGCACACACACAAUACUGAACACCGAAGCAACGCAUUCAGACUGCCGGUCUACAGCAGCGGCAGCGGCGGCGAUGACGCAGUGGCCAGCACAAGCCGCGCGGGCAUGCAGGACGCAACGGGUACAUUGGGAAACGAAGCCAGGAGUGCUGUUGGAAGCGGAGGAAGAGAACAGCCAGAGUCGUGCGGUGUCUCUGGCAAUGUUUCCAGCGGACGGGAUGCCUCACACGGGUACCCCAACGAACACGCAGGCGACAGAGCCCACAUUUGUAAAGCACGCGAUCAAUCAUCUGUGAAGGAGUCGAAGUAUGUAGAACGCUGCCGUAACCGUACUGCCGACAACCACAAAUGCGAAAGCUGCGGUAAACUGUUCCACCAGGCUCAUAAUCUAGUUCGACAUUACCGCACGCACACAGACGAGAGACCCUACAAAUGCGAAAUAUGCGGUAAAUCAUUCUCGAAUGUAUGGGCUCUCCGUGCACACCAGCUGACUCACUCGGACGAGAGACCCCAUGUCUGCCAUAUGUGUACUACAGCAUUCAAAACCAAAUGGAAUCUCAAGAGUCAUCUCAACUUGAAGUGCAGAUAUAGAGCUUCCGUUUGCGAUAUAUGUAACCAAUCCUUUAUGGACAACUUAGGUCUCAGUCAUCACCCCCAAAGCAUGCACGGCGAUAAGACACCGUAUGAGUGUGUGCGUUGCGGAUUUAGUUUCGCAGAUAAAGAUACCUUUGAUAAACAUCUGUGUCAGAGUUAUAAGUGCUACUUAUGUGGAAAUUCACUUGGAGACCUAGUUCAACUAAUCGCACACCUCAUUACGCAUAGCGGUGAGCAGCCGUUUUAUUCUGACUAGUACGCAAGUUAGGUGAAUCAGCCGCGGCUUUCGCAUAAUAACGCUAGAGUAAAGCCUUGCAGAGAAACGAUGCUGAUAUUCUUCCACAGGCGUGAGAAAUUAAAUAAACACAUGUGCAGAGACCGGCUCCUUUUGACGCUUCAUACAGCGGAGUAAAAUGCUGCUUUUUAGAAAUUACGAGAUAAGAAGUCACCAGAAUUUUGUCCUAUCUCGAAGUACAGUGAAGGUCCUAGUCUGUGCUCACUGCUUGAAAAACUGUUUUUCGCGAACGUAGCUUAACUCAUUUCAAGACAAACCUCAAUGGGCUACGAGUGCCUGUUUUGUGUAACUAUAAGCUUCAAAUGUCCGCACAUAAUUCUUGACACCCCGUUUAGAUAGAGAAGUGUUUUGUGGAAACCUUUUUUUGCAGUGUGCUAGAAAACAACUUUUAAUUACCCAUCCU